ACAAGGAGGUGAUGAUCUGGUGGUUUCUGAAUGUCGAGGUGAUUCGGGGAGGGGAGGGGCCGGUGAUGUCAGCAGAUGGCGGGGCCUCGCAUUCCCACAGUCACACGCCAUGACUCUGGCACCCGCCACUGUGAGACCAGGAGGCACCUGGGAGCCAGACCCCACGAGGGCCUUGUGCCGAUGUGGCCUGCGAGUAUGGGUUUCCCCGCCCCAUAACAGACCCACCUCUGUAACACAGGGUACCUCCCUCUCUACCGCCCACUGGUCCAUCCACCAUUUAUAGCCAAGAACAGGGGCCGUGUAAAUAGAGCAAGGGCUCUACAGACUGGCUGGAUUCAAAUCCAGGCUCUGCUCUUUCUGAGCUGGUGACCUUGGGCAAGCUACGUCACCUUUCCGUGCCUCAGUUUCCUCAUCAGAAAGGUGGAAGUCACAGUAGUGUCUACCUCCAUGGGCCCUUGUGAGGAGCAGAGUCGGUUCACGUAAGAACUUAGAACAAAGCCGGGCACGUAAGUACUCAUAUUCUCUCACAAGUUCGUUCACCAUCUAGUUAUUUAAGAGGCACUUACGGAACCUUUAUUAUGUAAGAAGUUAGGGACUUUCAGACUCGUCCUACCUCAAGUUCGAGGUCAGAUGUAGACCACAGGAUUCCAGUCUCGCAGAAAUUCCAGUCCUUAGAACACAAAUAUUUGCAGAACUGAAAGGACUCGAAGAUACCCUUCCUUCUACAAACAACAAAACCGAGGUCGAGAACGGGGAGGGGCUCAGCCGAGAUCUCACAGUGUUAGGAGUAAAGGCAGGAACUUGAACCCAGGUUUCUCCCCCUCCUUCCCCUCCUUCUCUCUUGAACGAUAUGAGCUCCCGCUCUAUGCUGAACGUUAGCCCAGGCAAUGCGGCGGACAUAACAGGCAAGCAUCUGUUCUCACGGAGCUGAAGUCUCGCUAGGGGCAGUGAGGGACCCAGACACCACAGUGAAGGGGUGGCUGCAAUAGUUCACUCAUUCAUUCAUUCAUUCAUUCAUUCAUUCAUUCAUGGGGCAAACUCCCAGGUUAUGUGACUGCACGCCGCCCUCAAUGUGUGGAACUUUCAGCCCUGAACUAAAUGCCCAGUCUGGUGGGAAUCGUGGUCCUUGUUUUCCAUACUUUUCCCAACUAGGAUGUUUUUCUCUCGGUCCAGGUGGCCCUGACACUCCACCAUGACCUCACCAGACCCAACUUCACCCUAGUGAUUGGUUCCAACGUGCCCCUGCUCUGCUUGGCUGACUCCCAGCCCCCUGCCCGGUACAUACGGAGCAUCAGUGGGAUCCCCGGGCCUGAUGGCCAGACCCUCUUCAUUUCCAGUCUCUCCAGGGCACGCUCGGAGGUCUAUACCUGCAGGGCCUCAAACUCCAUUUCCAGCUCGCACAGCAGCGUGGACGCCGACAUCACUGUCUCAGCCUCACUUUUGACCAUGUGGAGUCUGCCAGCUGCAGUCCAGCUCACCUCUGAUGCCAACCCACUUACCACCAUCCAAAAACUGCUGGCCAGACCCACCAUUGCAAUCAGCCAGGACACUGCCACAGAACAGAGGGAAAACGUGACCUUCUGCUGUAGCACCCAGGAUGCUGACGUUACCAUCCACUGGGUCUUCAACGAUCUCCCCCUGGUGUUCCACGAGCGCGUGCAGCUGUCCACAGAUGGCAAGACCCUAACCAUCCUCACUGUACAGCGGGAAGACUCUGGGACUUACAAAUGUGAAGCCCAGGCUUUCCACCAGGUCCGGAGCAGUGCUCCCACCUUCCUGACUGUGAACUAUGGUCCUGACCCCUUUGAAAUCAAGUUGGAGUCUGGUGUAUCCAGAGGGGAGGUGGUUGAAGUGAUAGAGGGCUCCACUGUGACCUUCUCCGUGGAAACACAGUCUCAUCCUCCCCCUUCCUAUACCUGGUUUCUCCCCUAUGACUCCAUCCCACCUCCCACCAUGAGUUCGUUCACCAUCCAAGCUGUGUCCCGGGAACAUGAAGGGACGUACAGGUGCUUGGUAUCCAACGGUGCUACCCACCUGCUUCGCCUGGGUGCUCUUAAAGUUCGAGUCCUUGAAACGCUGACCAAGCCUCACAUUGUGCCCCCAAGCCUGAAUCUCGUGGAAAAUGCCAGCUCCGUGGCCCUGACCUGCCAGACCCCCCAUGAGGGGGCUGGAGUCCUGUGGCUCCUGAGGGGCCAGGCUCUCCUGCCCAGCGAUCACCUGGUGCUGUCGGCUGACAACAGGAGCCUGGUCAUCCACGGCCUCCGGCGGGACGAUACAGGACCCUAUGAGUGUGAGGUCUGGAACUGGGGCAGCCGGGCACGAAGCGAGCCCUUCAGGCUCGCCAUGAGCUACGGCCCUGACCGAGUGGACAUCACCAGCGGGUCUGCGCCCGGGGUGGUCGGCACCGUGGAGGCCGAGCUCAACUCCAGCCUGACCCUGCAGUGCCGGGCGGAGUCCCAGCCGGGCGCUGAGUUUCACUGGACCCUUGAACAGUCCACCGCUGUGCAUGCGGGGCAGGUGCUGAUCAUCUGGGCCCUGACCUGGGAGCACCAGGGGAUCUACAACUGCACGGCCUCCAACCCGCUGACCCACCUGGCCCGCUCUGCCUCGGUCCGGGUCAGAGUGGUAGGUCCCCAGUCAUCCCUGUCUGCAGGAGCCAUUGGUGGCAUUGCUAUCGGGAUCCUGGCUGUCAUUGCCCUGUCCGCAGGGCUGGGCUGCUUCCUCUACAUCAGAAAUGCCAGACGGCUCUCAAGGGAAAAAGCAGAGGACCCCAUCCAGGAGGCAGCAACACCCACCUCUGAGGAGGAGCCCCAUGCAGAGUCCUGUUCCAACUGGCUGAGCCCCAUGUAUGCCAAUUUACCCAAACCUCAAGGACAGGUUGGAGUCACAAAGAUGCUGCCACCAGAUCCCCCAGAGCAGUUUUAUGAGAAGGAGCCACCAUCAGUAACCCCCGGGAACGAUUCUCAUGGCCCCAGAAAACCAUCGCCCGAAGUUACAUUGGAUCCAUUGGUCCCCACUCUACCGAAAGGAAACACAGAAUCACACUAUGAGGUGCUUGUGAAUCCAGAACGCAACAUCUACGGCCAAAUCAACCCCUCAGUCUAAUGGAGGCAGAUUUCCCUUCUCCAGAAAUCCUAGAGAAAUCACGCUCAAUCACAUAUUAAUGAAAUUUA